ACAAUGCUGUCACUACCAGUUCAGGAGGUCACCUAAUGAGGUGCACAGGCCACCCCCGGGACGCCCGGAGUACACACACACGCACACGCACGCACUCGCACGUGUACACCUCCCCCCUGGCUAGGCGAGACGGCAUCCCGCAGGGGAUGGAUGAAUAGCAGGUCUGUCCUGCAGCUGUGCACGCUCCCACCCUAAGAAAGCGGCAGAGGCUUGGGCAGCGGAGCCCGGCGGAGCCCACGCAGUCUGCUCCUGGCACCCGGUACUGUACAGGGACUCGAGGCAGCAAGAUGGGAUCCGAGAGGGAAAUCGUCGACCUCCAGCCUAGGACCUCCGAGCCGGCGAGGACCCAGCCCAUCAACCUGAACCACUACGCGACCAAGAAGAGCGUGGCGGAGAGCAUGCUGGACGUGGCCCUCUUCAUGUCCAACGCCAUGCGGCUGAAGGCCGUGCUGGAGCAGGGCCCAGCCUCGCACUACUAUGUCACCCUGGUCACCCUCAUCAGCAUCUCCCUGCUGCUGCAGGUGGCCAUCGGCAUCCUCCUGGUGCUCAUUGCACGGCUGAACCUGAAUGAGGUGGAGAAGCAGUGGCGACUAAACCAGCUCAACAAUGCGGCCACCACCUUGGUGUUCAUCACUGUCGUCAUCAACGUGUUCAUCACGGCCUUCGGUGCCCAUAAGACAGGGCUCCUGGCUGCCCGGGCCACUGGGACCCACCUCUGAACAUACCUGGGACUAGGUGCCGGUCACGCUGCCUCUGCCAGCUCGCUCCCUGACCUGUCAGGCUGGCGGGCAGUCCUGGGACAGCGUCCAAGAGGGCCUCAGAGCUGCCGUGCCCCCAACCCACAGCACCUGGGCCAAGAUGUGAUGUUCUACUGGCCUAAGCGAAUUCCACGCUGGGCUGAGCCCGAGCUCGGACAUCUGGCUGGCCUCUCCUCCCCAGCAGCAGCUCCUACACGGAAGGCUUGACCGCCUGAGGCCGGGUCAGCAGCUGCAGGGCUCAGCUCUGACUCCGCCCCUCCCUCCCUCUGCCCAGGCCUCAGCUUGCUUUCUGUAGGACAGAAUUAUCCCCAUUAUAAAGGUUCUGCAA